AUUCGUUAAAAAAGCGUUUAUCUGGCAGCAUCUUCAAUUAAUAAACCUGACCAAUCUAGAGUAGGACAAUCUCCUUAUCAGAUAGCAUUACGACAACAAAGGUUCAUUUCACAGCUGUUGUACACAAGCAGUAGGACGCAUCUACAGUUUUAAGAAUGGCCACCUUGUACCUCGUCUACUUUCUCACUACCCUUGCUACAUUCUCAGUGCUUGCAGGUGAGUGUAAUCAUGGAGAUGUUCGAGGUAGGGUCUUGGGGGUGGGGGUGGUUUAGAACAUCCGCUUCCACCCUCACCACCACAUUUUUUUUUAAUCGGAAAAUUUUCAGUUCAAGUUGUGAUUUUAUCACUAGAAGGAAAUGAAGGUUUUUUGAGCUAAAGUGUGAUACUUGAAUAUCAAGAGCUUUAAUUGGUAAAAUGUAACAUGUUAGCACCGAAGAAGAGUUGAGCCUCAUAUUAAAUGCCAUAGCUUUCAAGGUAUCUUAUCUAGCGUACUAUCGUACGUCUUUGUUAAUUUUGCCUUUGUGUUCAGAUUCAUAUUUGGUCUAUGUGUUAAGAAAUAGUCUUAUCUAUAAUUCCAAUCCAAGUAACUGAUAUUUGGCAUUCCUUAAUUAAACAUUGACUUGAUAGAUCAUUGAUAAGAACACAUGACUAUUGAUCUCUAUGAGACUUUCUACUUGUUUUCUCCAUCUCUCUCUCCCCCUCUCUCCCUCCCUCUCUCCCCCCUCUCUCUCACCUCUCUCUCUCCCUCUAUCUCUCUCUCCCUCUCUCUCCCCCUCUCUCUCUCCCUCUAUCUCUCUCUCCCUCUCUCUCUCUCUCCCCCUCUCUCCCCCCCUCUCUCUCCCCCUCUCUCUCCCUCCCUCUCUCUCCCUCUCUCUCUCCCUCUAUCUCUUCCUCCCUCUCUCUCCCUCCCUCUCUCUCCCCCUCUCUCUCCCCAUGACUAUUUUUAAAUCUCACGCUCUCAUUCUUUCCUCUUUGCAUUCAAAAUCCAUAAAUCAAAUCUUAUUAUUAUUAUUAUUAGUUCUUUAAUAUAGCGCGGAACCCCUGCCUAGGGCUGGGCUCACCAUGACCACGCUGCACAUUUAACAAAGAUUAUCAUGGACUUAAAAAUUAGCACACAUUAAUUAAAUAAAACAAAAGAAACGCAUAUUCACUCCACACAUUCCAGAACUAUUGACAUUGUACACUUUUUUACAUUGUAUUUACAUUGUACACUUUUUUACAUUGUAUUUACAUUGUACACUUUUUUACAUUGUAUUUACAUUGUACACUUUUUUACAUUGUAUUUACAUUGUACACUUUUUUACAUUAUAUUUACAUUGUACACUUUUUUACAUUGUAUUUACAUUGUACACUUUUUUACAUUGUAUUUACAUUGUACACUUUUUUACAUUGUAUUUACAUUGUACACUUUUCUUCAACUCUUCGUAAGAAGUUUGGGUUUGAUGAAAUUAUUUCAUUGAUAAAAACCUUGAUAUGCCCGAAGUUAUUUAAUGGGUUGAUAGAUAGUGUUGAUAUAAUUAUUUCACUUCAUUGAUAAAUAGAUUGAUAUGGUUACCAGUGGCGUCACUAGGGGGUUCGGGACGUACCGGUUGACACGGUCUUUGUUCCCACAAUGUGUUCAAACGCUGUUACCUCCAAUUCUGUUUUCCUCUCCUGUUUACUGUCGCCUGUGGACUUAAUUUUUUUUUAACUAAGCCAUCCGCCAGCGAUUCCCAAAGUGUCGGGUCGCGACGACCACUGGGGCCACCAAAGCAAACAUGUAUGACCUGGUUAAGAAUGACUAAGUGCAGGUCGGGGGAAAUCCGGAAGAAGAAAUAAAGGUGGGGGAGACACCGUGAGUUUUCCGCACCUGAUGACACCAACCCUAGUGACACCCUCUGGUAGCAAGUUAUUGCGUCACUAAAUGGGCUCUAAGUUAAUUUGGUUAAGACUUUCAUUCACAUACAGCAGCCUAUUUUAAGGACCCCCCCGUAAUUAAUGUUUAUAUUACUCUGUUAUUUUGUCUUUCUUGUUGAUGAUUUUCUUUAUUCGUCAACCCAUUUCCGAAACAAAGUGGACAGAGAUGUGAUGAAAAGAGAGGCUGACCUGGGCAGGCGUGUGGAAGACUUUUGUUUUUUCCAGUGCAUCUCUGACCCUGACCUGGACUGUCACGACAAAUGUAUGGGACUCAUCAUCAAGAGACAGCUUCAGUUUCCAGAAGAUCCAGAAUGCACCCCUGUUUGCGGCGACGACGCAGAUUGCAACAUCGGGUGUCGAAACCUUGACCUAGGGAAGCGCUUGGAAGACAUGUGUUUUUUCCAGUGCCUCUUUGACCCUGACCUAGACUGUCACGACAAAUGUAUGGGGCUGAUCAUCAAGAGACAGCUUCAGUUUCUCGAGGAUCCAGAAUGCACUCCUGUUUGUGGUGACGACGAAGAUUGCAACAUCCGAUGUCGAAACCUUGACCUUGGGAAAAGAUCUGAUAACUAAGAGUCAUUGAGAUUUAAGGAGUUUCAAUUUUUUUUAAUUUUUUUUUUAAUUUUUUUUUUUUGGCAAAGAAAAAAAGACAUUUGAGUUUGAAGGAUGACUGACAUAUUACAAAACUGAUAUAAGCAUAUUUUGUUGGAAGUCCCAAGGUUUAAGCACAAUAUUAUUGUUUUCCAAAAUAAUUUUAAAAUGCAUCCAUAUAUAUGCAUAUUAUAUAUGACUACUAGAAUGCGUCACUUAUAGUAAUGUACCCGGAACAAAGUUAAAGUUUUUGAUGUCAACAUUUGUUUUUGGGACACAUGGGAAUUAAAAAUAAAAUACAGAUUUUUUAAUUCACUUUUAAAAACAUACUUUUUUAAGUUGAAAAAUGUGUUCUUUAUUCAAAGAAAUUAUUAUUUUCUUU